AUAUCCAUCAUCGGUGCAGCAGGCCGGCCUCCACACUCUGGGGCUCCCCCCGUCCGUGUAAGUGCUUUUUCAUGAUGCACUGGGAGAUGUGUAGGGAGGGUCUCUGAGUGUGAGCAGAGUCUUGGUUUCAUUCAGUGAGCAGCUUGGAUUUAACUGUUGACCAGCUGGCUAACAGGUGGCGUUUGGGUGAACAGUGAGAGUGCUGUGUGCUGCUGUUGAGACACUGUUGUGUGGAGGAUUGUUGCAGGAGCCGGCAGCAUGUUGAAGAUCCAAACUCUUCUCCUGGUCCUCUGUGCUGGGAGCCUGGACGCCUGGUGGUUCGGGGUCCCAGUAGCCGUCACAAAGGCCCCAGCGGCGACAACGCCAGCAGGAACGAUAGGCGCCAACACGACGGUCAAUGGCACCACACAGAAGAUGGAAGAGGAGGAAGAUGACAACUUGUCCGGUGUUGGGGAGGAAAUCCUCAACGUGGCCACAGGAAUCCGUAAGUUUGUCGAGGCGUGGGACGUGACCCCGACUCCAACCUCCAGGACUACUAACGGAAGCCUGACAGAGAUGAUGGAGAGCGCUAACCCUAACAUGACCGAGGAGAGCGGCGUCUCUUUGCUCCAGCUAAUCGGAGACCCUCCACCCAAUGAGAUCACCAAGGUCUACGGGCCGAGGGGGGGGACCGCCUACGUCUUCACCCUCGCGGCGGUGUCGGGCCAGCCGGCUCUGGCCCACGUCCCCAACCCUUUCCACCGCCACUUCUCCCUCCUCUUCCACAUCAAGCCUUCCACCCCGGCCGCCUCCGUCCUCUUCUCCAUCACCGACAUGCCCCAGAAGCUCAUGUACAUCGGCGUCAAGCUCAGCGCGGUGAAGUCCGGCCGCCAGAGGGUGCAGUUCUUCUACACCGAGCCCGGCUCCGAGGCUUCGUACGAGGCGGCCAGCUUUGACGUCCCGAGCAUGGUGGACACCUGGAGUCGCUUCUCACUGGCCGUCUUUGAAGAGCAGGUGACUUUCUACCAGGGCUGCGACUCGGAGCCACAGGUGGUGAAGUUUGAGCGGUCGCCGGAUCCCAUGGAGCUCGACGCGGGGGCGGGGAUCUUUGUGGGUCAGGCGGGAGGAGCCGACGCCGACAAGUUCCAGGGUGAGAUUGCAGAUCUGAAAGUGGUGGGAAACAAUCGGGCAGCUGAGCGUUUGUGUGACGACGAGGACGACUCUGACGCUGCGUCUGGUGACUAUGGCAGCGGUGAUGGCGGCAAGAGACAGUCAGGACACACUGUGAAGACCACGCCUGCUUCCUUCCGGCCCGUACCUGAACCGCCUCUGAUAUCCUCACAUGGAAACAGACUCAAAGACACAGAUGUCAGGUUUCCGCAGCCGUCGGUGGACAACAGCCGGCCCGGAACGCCCGGCCCGAGAGGUGCCAGCGGUGCUAAAGGUGAGAAAGGUGACCAAGGAGUGAAGGGCUCAGCGGGGAACACGGGCCCAGCUGGGCCGAAGGGAGAAUCAGGCUCUGGUUCCUCCGGUUCCUCCUCUCAGGCUGGAGGACAAGCACAGAAGGGAGAAAAAGGUGUAAAGGGUAGCUCCGGCUUCGGAUACUCCGGCAAUAAAGGAGAGCGCGGGGCUGAGGGGCCUCCCGGGCAACCUGGUCCUCCCGGACCUGCAGCGGAGGUGGUUCGACUCGGGGACGGCUCCGUUGUGCAGCAGGUGUCUGGACCACCCGGACCGCCGGGACCACCGGGGUCAGACGGGACCGUUGGACGUGCAGGAGCUGAUGGAGAGGCUGGUGAUCCAGGAGAGGAUGGAAAAGCUGGUCCCGCUGGGCCACGAGGUAUCCCAGGAAGUCCAGGAAAUGCUGGUGCUAAAGGCCAAAAGGGUGAGCUUGGAGACGGUCAACCAGGACCCAGAGGCCCCCCGGGUCUACCAGGACCUCCUGGAUCUGGAUCUGGCACCGGUGACCGCCCAACGUUUUACGACAUGGAGGGCUCAGGAUUCCCAGACUUGGACAAAAUCAGGGGUGGCCGUGGUCCUCCGGGCCUCCCAGGCCCUCCUGGCCCUCCUGGGACUUCAGUGGUAGUGGGACCCAACGGUCCAGUAGCGUUCGGACCUCCUGGACCACCUGGACAAGACGGAGUCCCCGGUCUGCCUGGCCCUCCUGGUCCUCCUGGUAGACCGGGUCAACCAGGACUCGGAGGAGGAGAGAAGGGUGACGUCGGUGAGCUUGGUCUUCCAGGAGCAGCUGGAGAAAAGCAAGACUCGCAAGACUCCAACUUUUUCACCGGCCUGUUUUCUUACUUUGCUCCAUCCUCUACGGGUGCUCAGGGUGACCUCGGACUGCCAGGUACAUCUGGGCAGAGUGGGUUGGCAGGACUUCCAGGUCCCAUGGGACCAGUUGGACCUGCAGGACCUCCUGGGCCACCAGGGCCAUCGUACCGCGUUCAUGGUAACGAAGGGGAAUACGAGACGAACAAUGGCUUGCCUGGACACAGUGGCCCACCUGGACCACAGGGUCCACCUGGUAUUGCAGGUCUUCCUGGUAGGUCAGGUUUGCCAGGUAACCAUGGAGACAAAGGAUCAGAAGGACCAAGAGGACCUCCUGGGAUACCGGGUCUCGACGGGUUCCCAGGACAGCUGGGUGAAAAGGGAGACAGAGGACUGAGAGGAGAGUCGGGUCUACCAGGGCGAGACGGCGGCCCACCUGGACCUCCAGGGCCUCCCGGACCUCCCGGACAAGUCACCACCCAGGAAAGUGAUUAUAAUGACGUAUAUUGGACCGAAGGGUCGGAGGGAGGAAACGGUAUUCCAGGUCGAGCAGGAUUCCCAGGGCCCUCUGGACCGAGGGGAGAAAAAGGAGACGCAGGUCCUCCAGGAUAUGCACCUAAAGGGGAGAAAGGAGAGCCUGGUAUCAUCAUGGGGCCCGAUGGGAGACCUCAGUACCUCGGUGGUCUGGCAGGACGGCCGGGCGAUAGUGGACCCCCUGGACCUGAGGGACCUCCAGGUCCUCAUGGAACUGCAGGCCAGAAGGGAGAUAUCGGGUUUCCAGGUAGACCGGGUCGACCGGGGCUGAACGGCGCCAGAGGAGAGAGGGGAGAUUCGGGCACUGGAUUUGGAUCUAGUUACCCUGGUCCUCCAGGUCCACCGGGCCCCCCUGGACCUCCUGGACCUUCUGAUCCCAGCGACAGAAACAGAGGAAUUGAUACUGAUUACUCCAGAUAUUACCCAGCUGUGAAAGGAGAGAAAGGUGAUCGAGGACUACCAGGGACAGUUGAAAUUACAGGUGGCGGGUCGACCGUUGACCUUUACACUUUAAGGAAUGAGUUGAAAGGUGAAACAGGCCUUCAGGGUUACAAAGGAGAGAAAGGAGAACCAGCUGGAGGAUAUUAUGACCCCCGCUACGGAGGGAGUGGAGUCGGAUCCCCAGGAGCGCCUGGACCUCCUGGCCCAAGAGGCGACUCCAUCAGUGGCCCACCAGGCCCUCAGGGGCCAUCUGGUCAGCCAGGAAGAGGCUAUGAUGGGCAACCUGGACCACCAGGGCCGCCUGGACCUCCAGGAGCAGCCUUACCUGGAGCUCACAGGGGCACACAGACUAUCAAUAUUCCUGGACCACCGGGACCACCUGGAACACCUGGACCACCUGGACACACAUCUGGGGUGACGGUGUUGAGGUCUUAUGACACCAUGAGAGCCACCGCCAGGAGACAACCUGAGGGCUCUCUGGUGUACGUUAUAGAAGAAACAGAUCUCUACUUACGGGUCCGAGAUGGAAUUCGUCAAGUCCAGCUCGGGAGCUACAUUGCGUUGCCCAGCGUGGAUAGUAAUGAGGUUGCAGCUGUGGAGCCGCCACCGGUCGUCCCUUACUACCCAGACCAUCAGUCACACCCAGACCAGGAUCAUCACGCCGGACACCCAGACCAGCAUCAUCACAACACACACCCAGACCAGGAUCGUCACAACACACACCCAGACCAGGAUCGUCACAACACACACCCGGACCAGGAUCGUCACAACACACACCCAGACCAGGAUCGUCACAACACACACCAAGACCCGCAUAAUCAGCCAACUCACCCGGACCCAAGAUACCCAACCCACUCUGAUCCCCGAUACCAACCUGACACGCGAUAUCAGCCGGAUCCGCGGUUCCCAGCACCCACAGAUCCCAGGUUUCCAAGUUAUUCAGACCGGCUGAAUCAACCAGACGGUAGGACUCCUGACCACACCGCCCAUGAACGCCCUGAGUACCCAGACACUCGCUACGCAGUCACUCCUCAGCGAAGACCACCUCCUCCUCCUGUGUACCCAGACGUUCAGCGAAGACCUCAUCUUCCUCCUGUGACCCAGACUCCAGUCCACCAUCACACCUCAGGUCCAGGGCUCCACCUCAUCGCCCUGAACGCCCCUCACAGCGGCGCCAUGCGGGGCAUCCGCGGUGCCGACUACAUGUGCUUCACUCAGGCUCAGGCCAUCGGGAUGAAGGGAACUUUCCGCGCCUUCCUGUCCGCCAAACUCCAGGAUCUGCAAAGCAUUGUCCGCAAGGCCGACAGGGACCGCAUGCCAAUAAUCAACCUGAAGGACGAGGUUCUGUUUGACAACUGGGACGCCAUCUUCAAUGACGGCAGGAUAAAGGACAACUUGCCGAUCUACUCCUUUGAUGGAAAAGACGUUCUCAAUGACAGCACAUGGCCAGAGAAGAUGAUCUGGCACGGAUCAACCGGCGCCGGGCAGGGGCACGUCGAUGGCUUCUGCGAGGCGUGGCGCGUGGGCGACCGUGCGGUGACGGGCAUGGCGUCGUCGCUGCAGAGCGGCAGCCUGCUCCAGCAGAGCUCCAGCAGCUGCUCCAGCUCCUACGUGGUGCUGUGCAUCGAGAACAGCUACGUCAGCCACGCCAAGAGAUAAACACACACGCAUAGACGCACACAUACAUGCACACACGACACUGGACAAAUCCCAAAGUCCACACACACUUUUAUAUCUAUUGUAAAUAAGUGUUUUUCUUAUGAUUAAUUCGUUUAUGUGUGUUAACCCCUCCUAUAUGGUGCUUUACAGGAUUAUUCCACAACCUAAGUUAAGCUCAGGUGACAAACAGUAACACACCCUCCGGCAGCCAUAUCGGAAGUCCACACCUUUAAAGUGUGUUUCCAAAAGAGCAGCUUUGUUGUAUGUGAACAAUUCAUUUCCUUGCUUUUUGUGACUUGUCCGCUAGCAGUCGCUAUAAUGUUGAUAUAAACAUUGAAUAAGCAUGCUUGGUGCAGAACACACAGAACACACAGACUGAUUUCAUAGGGACUAUUUCCUUCGUAGAAAGUAAACUGUUUACAGUGUGAUGGAUGAAUUAUCCAAAGUAACAGAGUCACAGGAUCUGCAUUCCCCCAGUUUGUGCCUCUCAUGUAUUAUACCAUUACAUUCGAGUCACAGAGCUAAGCAUGUGUUUUUCCCAAAGAAUUAAAAGGUUUAACAUGACAUUUUACUGUUUUGAAGGUAUUUCCAAAACCCUCAAAGACUCUUCUAACCAUCUGGAUGGAAAAAUUUUAAUUCAAUGCACCAUAAAAAUGUUUUAAUUUACCUUUUUUUCUUUCAUAAUCACGCUGAAAUCACAUCAAACAGCGGCGUCCACAGCUUUUCAUAGACAUUGCAUGGCAUUUUGCUGCAGGCUGCAUUUCACCGCAGCUUUGGUGUGAAUUCGGCGUCAAAGAUGAAAUUAAACAAAGAUGGUAGCCCAAUUUGUAUGAAGAAAUAAAGCCUUUAUAUAUUCAAAUGAAAGGGCGAGGGCAUAUGUGAUUUCGUCGCAGCGUAUUGAUUUUUCCCUUCAGAAGAAGAGUCUUUGAGGAUAUUUGGAAAUAUUCUUUCAAAACUGUGCUGUUAAACAACUCUCCUGGUAUUUCAGCCCGUUCUCAUUCCCAGGGCGUCAAAUACUUUGUCAUGACUCUCGACGUUAGAUACCGACGCACAAGGCACCCUUUAACGCCGGUAUGAGACGCACCAGGCUUUUAGGUAAGUACAAUGUAAAAACCAAACAUUUUCACUUUACAAACGUAGUAAUUUUAAGCCAAACAAUGUUUUUUCCUAAACCUGAGCAAGUGUUUUUGUGUUUACUGCGACCGUAGUGGAGCGUCGUAGACCUGUGGGGCUAGAAAGUGGGGCCAAAGGGUGACUCGGGUGAAGGGUGAAAGGGUGAUGAGAACGUGUUGGAUAUUUCAUGAUAUGGUCGGACUGUUACUGUAAUAUAAUGGUAAUACACAAGAGACACAAGUUGGGGCAUUUUUCAAUCCUGUGACCCCUAUCUUGGAAAAUUGAAUCAUGGAUUAUGGGUCUCUGGCAAGAUUUGUCACACAACAGCAAAUCCUCUCUUUCUUGUCCAUCCGUCUAGACUAGAGAAACUAAAUGUAUCUCAGAGAGGGAUAAACCACUGUGAUCACUGUGUACGUGAGGAACUCUCUGUUUCCUCGUCUUCCAGCCUGCAUUUAACCAAAAACAACCUGUCAAAAUAUUAAUGUACCAAAUUUACAACUCAAGCACCUGAACAGCAGUGUUAAUAUAAUGAUAUUAAACGAUGUUUCCUGUAGUUAAAAUACCACAUUCACUUACAGUAUUCGUCGGUGCUGGAGUGGAAAACUGAGUAAUUGAAAUACUCAAAAGCAAGAUAGUUAUUGUAUAUGAAAUGUAUGUUGUUUUUUAACUUCUUUUGCUUUACACUGAUGUUAUCUGUAACCCACAGCACUUGAGUAAUAGCCUUUUUUUUAUUUUGCAAAUGUCUUACAUGGGAAAAAAUCAUAUUUUUAGCAGUAACAAAGGGAUAUUUAUUUUUUAUAAACCGUGCAUUUUCUAGUAUAAUGUGUGACAUGAAUGCUUUCACAAAGAAUGACAACAUUUCCAAAUAUACACACAAAGAUGUGUAAUGUAAUAAUGAUGAGUUUGUGCACAUACAGAUAUCUGGAGAGGAUUCAGCCAUAAAUGUUUGUCUAUGCACUGUUGAUUUCUGUUUGUUUUUUUGCUUUUAUACAAGACAUUCAUCAAACAUCAUCAUUCAUUAGUUUCGGUCUAAAGCGGAGAAUAUAGUGACGUUUUCAUGUGCCAUAACAACUGCAGUAAGAUUUGUAUUAUCUGUUUUUUCUCCUUGUGUGUGUGAGCAACAUUUUGAAAUGCUGCAUCUCAUUGAAUAAACUUGUGUGGAAAUUGUGA